GAGCGCGAUCAGUCUCGUCUCGGGCCGAGAUCGCGUGGGCAGGGCUUACGCACCAUUCCGGCAAUAAAACCCUAAUCAUCCAAUAGAAGUAAAUAAUACAGCGCUGUGAAAAUAGCAGUAUAUCCUUUAACGACGUGCAUAAUACCAUUGUAGUGUUUGAUCGUUCUAUUUUUGAAUUUUGGCGCGUCUCAACGGCCAGUAAGCAAAUGGCUUUUACUCUAGCCAGCGAGAACUUUGAAGGUUCUGUCAAGGAGUUUUUAGUUUAGCUACUCGAACUAUUUGGUGUUUAAAAAGUUCAACGGUGGAUCCAUUUUUAAAAAGGAAAAUGAAAAUUUUCAAGAAGAAGCUCCGUUUCUCAAUAGCUUCGAGCUACGUUUAGACUUUUGGGUGUAGUUUAAUUAGGGGUUAUUUUUUUUAAUUAUUUGAUGUGUAUGCAGUAUUCACAUAUCAACAGCGACUUCCCUGAUUUGUUAUAGAAGAUAAUAUCACUACAAUGUACAAGAGGACGUGUAAUAUCGUCAGCCUCCUGGCUUUGGCUGUUUCAGUAUGCACAAAAGAAAUUAUCGUACCAUCAAUAAUAGAAACAACUACAGAAUAUAAAAUGGAAUCCAUCACAGAAGAACAAAGAAUAGCAGACAUGAUCAUCCAUGACCACAAAAAACCUUUUAGAGAUGAUGAUAAAUUAGGUGAUUUUAUAAUAAAUUCACAUAAUGAUAAAAUAAGUGAAACAACACAUGAAAAAGUUAUAGAUAGUAGUGAGCAAAUAAAAAUACCUGAAAGCGCUUCUAAAGUAUUACUACCAUUAGUGUCAAAUCAAUCUUUUAAUGACUUUAAAUAUCAGACCAAGACAAGAAAUAAUACAGAAGCUGUGAAAGCCGUUGACAAUAAUGUUGUACCAAAAAAAUAUAUAAAGAGACUUGAAAAGAAAAAUGAUUUGAGAGCUCACGUACAGUAUGAUGAAGUGACUGGAGAAUUGAUUGGCGGUGAUCACCCAUGUCAUAGAGAAUGCAGAGAGGGAGAAGAACCUAUGAUUUGCUACUAUCAUUUCAGUUUGGAGUGGUAUCAGACGAUGAGUAAAGCAUGCUAUGAUUGUCCAUACAACGCAGAAGAUUGUAAGCGCUUAGACUGCAUUCCAGCAGAUGGUAUUAAUAGAGCACUGAAUGUUGUUAAUAGAAAAAUGCCUGGACCAGCAAUAGAGGUUUGCCAGCACGAUAGAAUAAUAGUGGAUGUCGAAAAUGACCUGAUGACGGAAGGUACGACGGUGCACUGGCAUGGGCAGCAUCAGCGAGGAACACCAUACAUGGAUGGGACACCUUACGUCACACAGUGUCCAAUUUUGCCGGAAUCAACAUUUAGAUACCAGUUCAACGCCACUCAUUCGGGGACCCACUUCUGGCACUCUCACUCAGGAAUGCAACGAGCUGACGGAGCAGCUGGUGCCUUCAUCAUCAGGAAACCCAAAUCCCAGGAUGCAUUUGGAGAGAUGUAUGAUUAUGAUAGAUCAGAUCACGUAAUGAUAGUGACAGACUGGAUCCACGAGAUCUCAGUGGGCAUGUUCACCGACCAUCACCACUCGUCGGGUGACAACAAACCUCCCACUCUCCUAAUAAACGGCGUGGGGCGGUUCAACAUCUUCAACAAUACGGAGAAACUGACGUCACACAAGCCAACGUACAUGCAAGCUGCUAGGUUCAACGUUGAACAGGGUUAUACAUAUCGGUUUCGCGUGAUCAACGCCGAGUUCCUCAACUGCCCAAUCGAGAUGUCAGUGGACGGACAUAACAUCACCGUGAUCGCUUCCGAUGGAUAUGAUCUUGUUCCUAUUACUGCCACUUCCCUGGUGACGUACGCAGGCGAACGUUACGACUUCCUGCUGAAGGCAAAUAACGAGAUCGACAACUACUGGAUCCGGUUCAGAGGACUGAUGGAUUGCGAUGAAAGAUUCACGAAGGCGAAACAAGUGGCCGUGUUGCACUAUGAAGGGGCUAUGGAGACGGAGCCAUCGGGCGACCCUACUUGGGAAGAAUUGCACAACGAGGGAUUGCAACUGAAUGCAUUAAACAAAGGAGAAGAAGAAGACGAAACAAUAAGUGUGGCUGAAAUGAAAUCUCUAGAAGGAUACGACGAGAGUUUGAAAGAACAUGCAGACUACCAGUUCUAUGUAGCGUACGAUUUCUACGCUAAAAAUAAUUCGCAUUUUCAUCGUUCGCCAUAUUACGGGUAUUACCAAGUACCUGAAAAAGCUAAUCGUCUGUACACGCCGCAACUGAACCACAUCAGUAUGAAGAUGCCCUCAAGUCCUCUUCUAAUAAGCCGUCCGUCACCAGAAGGCUUCUGUAACUCCUCAAGUAUAGCUGCUGACUGCAAGCACGGUUAUUGUGAAUGUCCUCACGUAUUAUCUGUAAGAAAAAAUGCUAUCGUUGAAGUCAUUAUUGUAGACGAAGGAGUUACGUUUGAUGCAAAUCAUCCAUUUCACUUACACGGCCACAAUUUUAGAGUAGUUGGAAUGAGACGGCUAUCUAACAUGACAACUAUAGAGGAAGUAAAGGCGUUUGAUGACGCAGGACUUCUGAAAAGGAAUUUAAAGAAUGCUCCAUUAAAAGACACAGUAACAGUGCCUGAUGGAGGUUACACUGUUAUACGUUUCAAAGCCGACAAUCCUGGUUAUUGGCUGUUCCAUUGUCACAUAGAGUUUCAUGUGGAGAUUGGUAUGGCGUUAGUAUUUAAGGUUGGAGAGCAUAGAGAUAUGCCCCCAAUACCACACGAUUUCCCAACAUGUGGUAAUUAUAUGCCAGAUAAUAUGCUAGAGCAUGCAACUACGCCAAAACCUAAUCCUAGUGAUAACCCGAUAAUAUCCAUUACGCAUUGGUGGCCUGUAGUUUACAUGAAUGGUACUACAUCCUCGGCUGCUGUUUUGAGAUCGUCUGCGUUUAUUUCAUUAUGGCUAGUUUAUUUAUUGAAUUUUAUAAUCGGUACGUAACUUUAUAAUUGUUUAAAUUGUUUUAAAAUCAACUAAUUUAUACUAUUCUUGUAAUAUUUAAGUUACUGUUCAGAAGUGAUUAUAGAUAUUUCUAGAUGUAUUUGCUGUCUUUGUUCUGGCGCACUAUGCUUGUUUGGUAUCAAUGAAUAAGCGCAAGAUGACUGUCGAUAGUUGAACGUGACAACGUCAUAAGGAAAUACUGGAAUUGAAUGGUUGCAUUUUUCAAAAGAAAGUGUUCGUUUUUCUGAAAUACUGUUUAAUAAUCUUCAUAGAAUAAAAAGUUGGCAACCAUAGAGCGAAGGAACGACGAAUGACGUCAUCUUUUAUCGAGUGUGCAGCCGGCUCUAUCAAAAUAAAAGACGUUGUCACGUCAAAACAUUUGAUGUUGAAUGCGACGUUAUAUAAACGUUACAAUAAUUCCCUAAUAUGUUAUUUUGGCUACUUUAUUAUACUAUUCACAUGUACUUAGCCCAUGGACCACGGUCCGUGACUUAGCUCCAUAAAAUAGGAUCAAGCGUUAUAAUAUUAUACUCGUAAAAGUAGAAUGCCUAUCGGCGUAAAGGGAAAGGUUUUUCGGUAACUGUUCCUAUUGUAUUUCUAGGUGACUAGCCAAUCCUUUUACGUCUGGGCAAACAACGUUUUUGGCUGUGGUUACUUUUAUAAGGGUUCCCACACACAACGAGACAAAAUAUUUUCCAUGAACUGCAGGCUUGUGUAAAUUGUAAAUUUUACCUGGUACCUCAAUACAUAAAGUAUAUAUUGAGAAUACAUAUACAGUACAGUUCAGUUUGUGGCAUUAAUUUUUUUUUGUAUUUUAAAAACAAUCUUUUAAAAAAAAGGUUAAACUCCUGGUUAAGUUAUGUUUUUUCAAUAAUAUUUUUAUUAAUUUGUAGAAUUAUAUUAUUUCCUAUAAACUCUAGCGUAGCAUGUAGAAUAUGUAAUUUCGACUAUAUUCUCUUUUGUACAGUAUCUUAAUAAUAUCGUAAAAUUCUUUGUAAUUUAAAUACAACUGCUAAUAAUUAUUAGUAAGUGAAAUACGAAUUUGUACUUAUUAUUUAAACGUUGUUUAAUUUAUUUGUAAGCAGUUCUGUAUACGAAAAUCGUGUUUUUAGUAUUCCAUUCAUGUAUAUAAUUUAUUUAUUGGAUAGUACUUAUAUUUGUUUUGAUUAUUUUAUUUAUAGUAACUCGUAUUUUAAAUAGAAUUUAAUAAACCAAUUACAGAAAUAUAUAAAUGGAUGGCAUGCAGAUGGUAUAAAAUAAAUAUUGGCAAUGAAAGUGAUUUCGUAACAUUAUGCAUUAUGCUUAAUUUUGUAGAAGUGAUUUAGAAUACUUUCAAAUCUCGUAUAUAAAGACUACCUUCCUGCUUCUUUAUUUAUCCAUAAUUUACAUUUAGUAAGAAAAUCAUACACUUACUAUUAAACAAUUUAGUCUAUAAUAUAAAAAUGAAUCGCAAAAUGUGUUGGUAAGCGCAUAACUCAACAACACCUGGACCAAUUUUUCCUGGACAAAUCUUUUUUUAAAAUGUUCGUUGAAGUUCAAGGAUGGUUUUUACGGCGAGAAAAAUUAGAAUUAUUGCUGGAAAAACCCUAAAAAUAGCCCUUUUCUUUUUCCCAUACAAAUGAUUUGUAACUAAAACGUAGUCAAUUUGAGCUUUAUUGUUAUUGUAUAAAUAUUGUAUAAAAUCAUAUUAAUAAUAAUUAGAAAACG